AUGGCUCCGUUUGCACACAUCAACACCGAUGUCUACUUGCCUGCGAAUCCUGCCCCAAUUGAACAAGCAAAGAAGCCAUCUCAAGAGACAGAAGUGGUUGUGGAAGGGAAAAUAGACGAGGACUGGCUGAUAGGCUUCGUUCCGAACGGGG